CUGUGGCUUCAGACUUCAGAGAUUCAGAUUCGGUGACCGCGCGUUACAAUGAAUUUAUUAUUACUAGUAUUCGACAGUAGUUUCGCUAAUCUUUCUUUUAUCGCUGCGUAAAAUUUAAGUCUUUAAUUCAUAUAAGUUUCAUCUUUGAUGGUGAGGUAAAUUGUGUAACAAUAAAUCAACAUUUAAGAAGGAGCAACGAUUAAUAGUAGUGAACCCACAGCAAGGUAAACAGAUCAUGUACAACUUGUGAAUCCUGGAAGAUAUGGAGCCGUCAUCAAUGGUUGAACUUCCUGCUUAUGAGUAUGCACCUCGAUGGGUGCCACUGGCAGAGCGCUGUCAUCAUCCUGACUAUAACAAUGAUCUGCAGUUGUUCCUGAUGCGGACAGUCACUCUUAUUCGAGAAAAAGUAUCUGAUGCUUUGGGGUUCAACAUUCGUGGAGGAAAGGAACAUUUCUGUGGCAUAUUUCUUUCCAAAGUGAUGCCUAACACAGAAGCUGAACGGCUUGGAUUGCAGGAAGCUGAUCAGAUUGUUUCUGUCAAUGAAACUAAUUUUGAGGACAUUGAACAUGCCAAGGCUGUGAAGAUCCUAAAAUCCAACACCGAGAUAGUGAUGCAACUGCGAUACUUCCCUUACGGCUACAGAAAAACAUACGAGAAAGUGCAGAAUUCCAACACAGGUAUAGGAGCAGCAUCCAGCUAAUGUUGGUGAACCUAAGAAAUUUUAACAUAUUGUAUUAGUGAUGUGGUUGAGUAAAAAAAAAAAAAAAAAAACUCUUUACUUAUAGUUUGUAGUUCUUAGCAAAGUAAAAAUUAUGAAAUAUAUUUGUAUAUUCUCUUGGAAAAUCAUCAAUUUGAAAUGGGAUAAUGUUCUACAAGUUGCUUUCGGGUCUCAGCCUAAAGAAUGGAGUAGGCUUUUGCAACACUGUACAGGGUUGAUUCUUUGGGGUUUAUAUAAACUUACUUAGACAACCCUCAUUGAUAGCCAGGAUUGAUAGCAUUUCUCUCUGCCUAAAUCAAUCAUUCCCUUUCCCCAUCACACACUUCAUGAGGUACACUACAGCUCAUUGAAGUACGAUGCCUAAAUCAGUAAGCAAUAUGCCAAGGCAUAGCCAAUCAUUUUCAAGAUAUAAAGGUAAAUCUUCAUUUUCUAGUUCUUGACUGACAACUCUAGAAGCUUGCAACACCAGCUCACCCCAGAUUUGCUUGUACCCUACUAGUAUUUGCCCCCUUUUAGACACUUAUCAAAGAAAAUUCCAGUAAAUCUAGCAAUUCUGAGGAAAUAAUCCCUUCAGCACAUACUAAAACCAUAUGUAUUUGUAUCCAAAUAACUUCUGGGUACUAAUUUUCAAUUGCUCUUCCUAUAUUGUAAAUGCUACUUCUGCAAAACAGUAACUUAGAAUUUGUAAA